AAACAUGAUGUUAAGGGCAGGAAGCGAUCUCCAUAACAAAAAUAGAAACUUAAAUUGCUACCAAGCCAAUAGUCGCGCGCAGCGAACAAUUUUGUUUGACGACCAUGCAUCAAAAUCAUGUUAAGAAUCAACAUAAAUGAUGCGCGCUGUGUGAGCUAAGACAUUUUGAAGCUGAACAAUCGACUGGCAUUAGCAGUUCAAACAUGCCGGACGCGACUGCGCUCCGAAAGCGCAAAUUUUGGAUUUGUGCCGGAGGAGAAUUUUUUGCGACAACGAUGUUUGUUUUUCUGGUUUGUGGGUCAAAGUUAAACCGGUACAGCAGCUCUGACAUUGUCCUACACGUCUCCGUCACUGCAGGACUUAGCAUCGCCACAUUAGCCAUGACGAUCGGGCACCUGAGCGGAGGCCUCAUAAACCCUGUUGUGAGCGUUGCGUUGAUGGCAACACGGAAAAUCUCGAUCCUAGAAGGGGUGUUUUAUACGCUGGCGCAGCUCCUUGGAGGAAUUUUAGGAGCAGCGCUUUUGUAUGGUCUGACAAGUCCUCGGUUACACGGGGACCUGGGAGUGACUAAACCUGCGGAAGAGAUAAAUGGUGCCCAGGCCUUUGGAAUUGAGCUCCUUCUCACGUUUGUGCUGAUUUUCACCAUUUUUGCCGCGACUGAUCCUGGAAAGGAACAUCGAGGGUACGAAAUACCUCUGUCCAUAGGAUUGUGUGUGUUCAUCUGUCACAUGGUUGGGAUUCCUUUCACUGGCUGCAGUAUGAAUCCCGCGCGGUCAUUCGGGCCCGCCCUGAUCAUGAACUCUUGGGAACAUCAUUGGGUUUACUGGGUUGGACCCAUACCAGGCGGUAUCAUCGCUGCAUUGCUGUACGAGCACGUCUUUUCUUCAAGCAAAACCGAAGUCGUUCCAAAUGUAACUUGAACAGGGCCAGCGAAACUUCCUCACAACGUAACGGAAAGAUGAUCAGUACAGUUCCUAUCACUCAACGGUCCCCCAUUCUAGACUGUAGGACAUCUUGAGUCAUUUUGGCCAUGUCCAAAAUUACCUUUAAAUCAAAGAAAACCUGGAAAUAAUAGUUUACCAAGAUAGAAAAACACCAAAGAGAUAAUAAUAAACGUUUUUCUGCUGGAAGAAACACCUGUUAUUAUUGUCCGUACAUGAAGCAUACAAAAA